GCAGAAUUUGCAUAUAACAGGCUGCAACACAGACUUGCAGCAGCAGUCAUGCCGAUCAUUGCUCUGCCGCCUUCUGUGUCUAAUAGACAUUUUUGGAUUUUAUGGUUUAAGAUUCUUUAAAUGUUAGCCAGGAAAUGGAGAAAGCUAAAGAAGCAGCAGGGCUGAUAAACAAAGAAGACUUCCUUCAGCUUCCUGAAGAACCUCCUGCUCAUCCACAAGAAGCAGCACAGGCUUGCUGGACAGCAACAAGAAAGCUCUCCGAGAGGCAUCCAGCAUGCCAAGCAGAUCUGAGGCAGCCCAAAGAAAGAGGAAGAAGAUCCCCCACUCGUAUUGAUCUUCAUCAUCAUGACUCUUCUUCACCUCAUUCUGCUGAAGUCAUGCAGGGAGCUUCAAGACGAGGAGACACGAGUUGGAGCUUUAAAUCAGAUCUGUGUGGAACAGUUUCUCCUUCUAACAAAGACACAGCAAGAGAGGAGGAUGACUAUAGAUCCUAUCAGAGUGAAGAUGAAGAGGAGCUAGAAGCCCCCUUGCCGUUAAAAGAUGAUUAUGACUGGCAACAGCAGAACUCUUUUCUAUUUCCUCCACAUUACCGGCACAGCUGUGAGCUUCAUGGGGACAUGCACAGGAUGCCCCAAUGUCCCGACACAGCACAGGACGGGGCGGUCAGAUGGCCUCCUCUCUUCUCUCCUCCCAGCUGUCGAGACUGGGUGGAGCCUGGAAACUGCUGUUAUGAACGUAGCUUCGGGGAUGGCGGUGGGCCUCCGGGGAGCGUCUCGGUCAACGUGCCUCAGUUCUCCACGCCACCCGUGAACGCCGUCUCCCAGGUGGACAUGGUGAAGCUGAGCUCAGCAGCAGGAGAGUCUUCCUCACAUCUGCAGGGCAGAACAGGAACCAUCAGCCUGCCCAACGAGUGCAGAAAUGUUCUCAUCACUCACUCUUUGGACGUGUCCUCAGAGAUAGCUGCUUUCAGAGACUUCCUCACAAAACAAGGCUUUCGAACAAGUACUGACCUCACUGAUGACUCCACUGGAGAAAUGGACAUCCACAAAUGGAGACAUGCUUUCCUAAAAGAUCCAUCAACCCUGAUUAUCAUCGCUAUCAGCCCCAAAUAUAAAGCAGACACUGACGGGUCUCCCUCAGACAGCCACGCCCGUCACGCCAAGUACAUUCACAAGCUGAUGCAGAAUGAAUUUAUCCAGGAGGGAUGCUUGAAUUUCAGAUUCAUUCCUGUUCUUUUUCUUGGAGCUUCUCAGAAUUAUGUUCCAGGCUGGCUUCAGAACACGCAUGUUUACCGGUGGCCACAGGACACUGAGGAUCUGUUGCUGCGCCUGUUCAGGGUGGAGAGGUACAUCCCUCCUCCUGUGCCGGUGGAGCUCGCAGUCAUCAUCAGGCCUAUGCCAAUGAGCGCCACAACUAUGUUGAGAUGGUAGCCGUGUCUGUGCAUUUUUCAACAUGUUGUGUCUUCUUUUGAAUAAAAAAACUUUAAGUUCUUAA